AUGAAGAAAUUGAGUGAAGGGAGACGUGUCGGCGAGACACAGCACUCUCACACGACUCCACCGCCACGGUCGCCACGGUGUACCGAGUUAUCUCCUGAAAGGGUUCGUCCCGCACUGGAGAAUACCCUCCAGGAGCUCCAGUUGGAGUACCUGGAUCUCUAUCUGGUAUCUCCCGUUUUUUAGUUCACUGGAGCAAGCAGGCCGCCUGGGGUGGAGGACAUACUUGAGUUCGAUAUGGAGGGGGUGUGGAGAGAAAUGGAGAAGCUUGUAAAGAACAACCUAGUUAGGGACAUCGGACUAUGCAACUUCACCAUUAAAAAGCUCAACAAGCUUCUCAGUUUCGCCGAGUUGGCCCCUUCCGUUUGCCAGAUGGAAAUGCAUCCUGGGUGGAGAAACGACAAGGUGUUGGAGUUCUCCCAAAAGAAUGGGAUCCAUGUUACCGCGUACUCACCGUUGGGAUCACAAGAGGGGGGGGGGAGAGAUCUAACACACGACCAGACAGUGGAUAGAAUAGCGAAGAAGAUGAACAAGACACCGGGGCAGGUGCUGGUGAAGUGGGCUCUGCAGAGAGGGACGAGUGUGGUUCCGAAAUCAUCAAAUGCCGACAGGAUCAAAGAGAACAUCAGAGUCUUCGACUGGAUUAUCCCUGAUCUCGACUUCCAAGCCCUCAGCUGCAUCCCCGACCAGAAACGAGUAGUGGGAGGGGAGGAGCUAUUCGUGAGCAAGGACGGCGGUCCCUUCCGGAGCGUGGAUGAGUUAUGGGAUCAUGAAGACUAAACCAGACAACGAUGUUUUGAU